CCGGAAGGUGACAAAUAUUAACCUCCUAAUUGAAUCAGCCAAAUAAAUAAAUAAAUACUUUAAUUCUGAAUCUUUGUAUACCAUCUGUUAAUAAGGAAAAAUUAUUUGGAAAACAAUAUUUUGGAAACUGCAGUGUCCAAAGAAGGCUACUACAAUUCAAACUCAAGGAAUAAAGAUAUAGACAUUGUUGUCUAUUCUAUAUAAACCCAGAAAGAUAAUACUGAGAUUCUAUGGCCUAAACUAGCAACUGGCUAACUUUGCCAAGGCUGUUAUGCACCAUGUUUAUUAGAGGGAGACAAGCAGGGAAUUGAAAACUCCAGAAAAAGGCAAUGACAAACAGCUUGGGCAUUUUUGGCCAAAAAGACCUGCAUGAAUGUGUCUAUGUAGUCUCCAGGAGUCAAGAUCAAAGUAACUGAAUUUUUCUUAACCUGUUAUGUAAAUUUAUUAUUAUGCAGCAAUCUUUGCAUGCUCAGGAUCUCUAUUUUUUGAAGUUCAGAGAUGUCAAUUGGAACAAUACAAUCAUUUAUCUAAAAUAGUAAAGAUUUGAUAAGAAAUUCAUCUCAGAUACUGCUAUACACUCUGAAAUAGUUUCAUUCAAUAGUACCUGUUUUGAUUAUGAUGAGAUUCAAUAUUAGAAAAACUGAGACCAAGCUAGAUGUAUAGCAUGUUAUGAUAGUUAUUUCUCACUUUUUAAAAUUCUACCAGUGCACAUUUAUCUAUAAAUUUCUAUGCACAACUGUGAUUCCAAAUAAGUGUGCACAAGACUACAUUGUUAGUGUGAGAUCCUAUAAAUCUCUACUCAAGCCCCUUUGAGAUCAAUAGGACUUAUUCAUGGUAAGUGAAUAUAUGUAGGAGUUCAGCAUUAAUAUUUUAUGUACUCAGCAUUCUAUUUACUGUAUUCUUUUGAUGCUUUGCUACCAUUACUGUAUCUUAUUUUCUCCAGUAUAAUUCACCAUAAUCAAAGUUUAUUUAGCCUUAAACCUAUUUGCAAUUCCAAAUUUCUCUGUAAACUCAGUUUGGAUGUAAUUGUUCCUAAAUAAAUUCCUAUAUGUACAAAAGUUUAUUUUAUCCCAUAUUAUUCAAAACAAUUAAACCCCUCCCAGAUUCCCCUAGAAAUAUCUAAUUGAUGUCUUAAGUUUAUGUCCCUAGAUAUGUUCUUACAAACUUUUCUAAUGAACUAAAAUAACUUUAAUCUUCAUUAAAGAUUCUGCAUCAUGAUUACAAUGCUGUGCUUUCCAAAGAAAAUGUUUAUCAAUUUUAUUAAUGUCAGAAACCAGCAUUACAAAUAAAAGCAUUACAAACAAUAAUAGUAAUCAAUAAAAAUGAAAAACAGAAUAAUGUAUUGCAAUUCAUGGUGGAUUAUCAGUGGGCAGUUAGAGUCUGCGUAAUUUUGCAUACAGCAUAACAGAAUUUGGCCACAUUCAAAGAAACUAUUUUGUACUGAUAACGAUAACAGUAGUUGCACGUAAAAGAGAUCAGUAUUUCCCAGAUAUUAGGUAAAAUGUUAUAAAUUGAAUCCGUGAGUCCUUAUAGAAGAUACAGUAUAGCAGGAUGUGAGCUAUAGUUUCAAUUGCCCCUUGUUCAUAAUGGCACAGUGUCAGCUGUGCUACGGGAUUUUUUUGUAUCAGCCCUAAGGGAUUUUUUUGUAUCAGCCCUCCAAAACUGCUGUGGGAAAUGCUGUUGCAGCACAGUAGGGUUAUUCAAUAUAAAUAUCUCAUUUUAAAAGAGGGAAUUUGACUCCUCAAAUAAAAGUUCUUGGAAGAGCAAACCAAUCUUGUUAGAUUUCCAGAUCUUUAGUAUGUUGUUAAAUACACUAAGUGCACAGGCUCAGGCCAACAACUGGAUACCAUAUAUCCUGAUAUAAUUCUUGCAAACAAAUUCAGAGAGGAACAGGAAUGCCAUACUGCAACCCUCUUCUAUAAUCUCUUCUGUUGGGACAGUUCUUGCAGUUUUGAAGAAAUGGCUCAGAAAGGAAGAAAGCUUGGAAAAUGAUGGCCUGUUUCAUCUAUCCCUAUUUAUCAAACCUCCGCAGAAUGAUUGAAAUUAAGACAAACAUGAUAAUUUCUCCUUCCAGUAUUUCUCAUCUGCUAUUGCUCUACCAUUCAUCCCCAAUCUUCCAUUUUAUUUGGUAUUCCAAAUGAAAUUCAGACAAAAGUAUUGGUAUUUGUGAGACCCAGCUGCUCUUUACAUACUUACAUAUUCAUAUUCUGACACACUCAUGGGAGCUAUGAUCCAUCAUAACUGAGUGCAAAGACCCAGAAUUCAGAAUUCUAUAUCCAAAGGCCAUGUUUAUUUCACUGUCUUUUUUGCAAAUGCAUCUUUGUGGACAGGCAUCACUUUGGGAUAAAGAAUCAGCAAUGCAUUUGCUUUCAAAACCCUACAGUUCUAAUUAAUCCAAAGCCAGCAAAAUUGUGAUUUUUUUUUCGUCCAUAUGUACAUACUAUUAAAAAAGUAGAAGCCGUAUUUUACUCUUUAUCAUUUUUAAGUCAGUAUUUUGUCCUUCCAAAGAAAGCUAUCAGCGUUCUAUAGCUAUCCCGUCCUUGCUCAAGAGAUAACAGAGGCGCUGCUGAGUGAGGAAAAAUCCUCCACAAAACAGAACAUUCCAAAGUGGAAUGAACAUUGAUCGGGGCGACAACCUUACAAAGAAACGUCAUUGAAUCAGCUAUUGAAAAGACGGCUCCCAUGGAUUGCUUUCUCUCAUAGUCAUGGAAGAGUGGGGGGAAAAACUACACCUCCCAGCAUCCCUCUGCAAGGUCUUCCACUGAGGAACAAAUCAUUCGGACGUUGCUAGGAAUUAAGGAUUCUGGGAUUGUUGUGUGUUCGGCUUCAAGGAAGUUAUUCUAAAUCUAAGGAGUUUCAGUUUAGUUUUAGGAAGAUAGAAUCUGGAUAUAAUCUUCCUUUUAACACGACGAAGGACGGAGCAACGUGCAUGACUUUCUGCGGAAAGCUGGGCAAGGUAUAUAUUUUCCAAGAACAUUGGGGAAUAUAUCUAGAAGAGAUCUUCAGAAUAGACAAAAUAAUGUUUGCUGUUUAAGCAAGAAAGUAAAACUAAUCAAAUCAUUGAAAGUUAAGAAAAGAUGGCAGAGGAAAACAAGCAAUCUGCUCAGAAAGACCUCCCUGAAGAAGAAAAAGAAAAGUAUAUGUCAGAGAGGCAGAUGAAUCUUCAGUCCCCCUCUGUAGAAAAUAUCUCAGCCAGCCUUCAACAGGAUAAGGCAGAAGAAGCAAAAGAGGAUUCCUUGGUAGAAAACCUGUCAAAUUCUGAUGAAUUUCCACCCGGAACCGAGGCUACUGAUGCUACAGGAUGCAUUGUAGGGCUUCCAUCUGAUUCUGCUGGUUUACCUGAUAGUUGUGUAGAUUCAAAUUUGUUGAAUUCUUUACAUGAAAAGACAGAGUGUUCCACCCAUACUGACCACCUAGAUUCUCAGAAAGAGGAAAAAUCUUUAACGGAAACUGUUCCAGAAGAUAAAAUCAAUUCACAGGGCCAGCAAAGCCAGUACUCUCCAAAACAUACUGAAGAAACAAAAGAAGAUGGUUUGGACAAGGAAAGAGAAACAGUUCAACAUCUUAAAGGUACAGAGAAGGCAUGCCCGAUUGCAGAUGUACCACAUAGGACAUCCAAAUUAGUGCCUGGAGUCUAUUCUCAGAAGACAGUUGAAUGCUUUACACCACAAGUAAAUCAACAGAACUCAGUGAAACAGCUAAUAAUAAACUAUUAUCAGUCUCUUCAAGAUAAUGGUUUUUUCUUCUAUGGAGUUUUUCUGGCAAUAACGUUCGUGUUCAUUGCUAUAAGUUGCCAUUAUUGCUACCCUUUACGCCCUCCAAAUAUGCCAAAAAAUCCAGUGGUGGAAGUCUUCUUAUCAAAGUUUGAUCCACUGAAAGACAUCUUCCCAGGUCAGAGCCCUCACCUGUGGGGACGAGUACGGAAAAUAUUGCAGAAACACCUUAAUACAUCCUACCACACUGAACCAGCUAUCUUAAUCUUUGCUGCAGCCCAGGAAGCUAAAUCAACUCUGAAGUGUCUGAGCACCCAGAUUGCCAGUGCCUAUUCAUCAUCCCUGGGAGGCAGCACAGUCCAUGUAGAUGGAGCUUCUAAAUCCACUCUAAGCAAUGAUCUUGCAAAGCUGACAAUUGAUGAGGAGCUGAGCGUUGGUUUCCAUGGAGGAGGAAAGGCAGCAGUAGUACAUCAGUUUGAAUCCCUGCCUGCAAGUUCCACCUUAAUCUUUUACAAAUACUGUGACCACGAGAGUGCUGCUUUCAAAGAUGUGGCACUGAUUUUGACAGUUUUGCUGGAGAAUGAGAAGUUGGAUCCUAGCAUUGGCCUACAGAUUGUGGAGGAAAAUGUGCGGGAUUUCCUCUGGGCCAAAUUCAUAAACUCUGAUUCACCCAGUUCUUAUGACCUUAUGGAUACUGACAAGCUAAGUGGGCUCUGGAGCCGCAUAUCCCACUUAGUUGUGCCUGUUUGUCCUGUGCCAUUUAUAGAAGAUAAUGGCUGCUUUCAGCAAGUGGCAAAUAAAGAAGAUUUCACUUUUAAAAAUUAAAGGUAAAAGUGGAGCCCACUUUUAAACCUUCCUUUUACAGUCUUCUGAAGGAUUUGCACAAAUCAGAUUUUUUUUUUUUGAUUGCUUAAACGGACUAGAGGUAUUAAGAGGAAACAAGCUGAUUUUAAAUAAAUAUGCAUUGUGAUGUU